ACGCGCGUGGUGCUGCCCCGUAUACAUGAUGAUCCCGAGUCGGAAUACUACAAUGCCAACUGGGUGCGCGGAGCAGAUGGCAACCCCAAGGCAUACGUGGCAGCGAUGGGUCCACUGCCAGCCACGCUGACGCACUUUUGGCGCACCAUCUGGGAGUCCAAUGUUUCUGCCAUCAUUAUGGCCACGGGCUUGAUUGAAAAGGGCAAGACGAAAUGCGAGCGGUACUGGCCUGCCGAGGUUGAUGGCAAAACGGCCAUGCAUUUUGGGGACAUUGUGGUCCUCUCUGUCUCCGAGGCCAAGGCCAAGGGCUACAUUUUCACGCAGCUCAAGGUCGUACGUCACGGCGAGAGCCGUCGCAUUGGCCACUUUUGGUACAACACGUGGCCCGAUCACGGUGUGCCGCGUGACGCCGAACGCAGCCUCUACCCCGACUCGGUUCUUGGAUUGCUGCACACGGUGCACAAGUGGAAUUCCAAGUUCAAAGAUCAGCCAACGCUUGUUCACUGUUCGGCGGGUAUUGGUCGCACAGGGACUCUGAUUGUUAUUGAUCACUGUCGCCAACUGCUCAAGACGCAAAUGCGCGCGGACCCCUUGGCCAUUAUUGAGGCUGUGCGCCAAGAUCGGCCGGCUCUGGUCCAACAUCUCCAGCAGGUACUGCACCAUGGUGUUUCUGAUUCUUGUGGCGACAAGGGUUUGGAUUUCUUUCUCGGCGCUUGGAUUUUAGAGCGACCAUGUGAUGUCCGCCUGUCGGUUAAUGCCGCUGUUGUUGCUUGCUGA